AUGGUCAAGGAAAAAGUCAAAGGACUGAAGGGUGUGCCCAACAAACAUUUGCACGCGCGAAUCUCCUUCCUGCACCAGGCCGCCGAGUAUCUGAGCUCACAUACCUCUGGAGGCGAACGGCCAGACGCUGGACCAUCAGACGGUUCGUCGGAAGCACAGCCGGAUGACCGAGACACCGCAGUGAAGCACCUUGGCUCGAUCUCUUCAAACAACGACCGCGAUUCCAAACACAGUACAGAUGAUCUCGCAGCUCCUCCGCUCAUCACCCCGGGCAUGCCAUCAUACAUGUGCUCGCAGCUACGACAAGUGGCGCUGAAGUCUCAGAUUCGCUUGCUACCUGAGAUCAAGCGCGCAUACUGUAAAAGGUGCAAUGCUUUCCUGGUUGAGGGUCAGAACUACCAUCGUUCUAUGGAGAACCUAUCUCGCGGCGGAAAGAAGCCACACGCAGAUAUCACAGUAUUCGAGUGCGGCGUCUGCGGUGCGAAGAAGCGGUUCCCAAUCACGGGCGCCAAGCAAAGACGUAAGGGCGACAGGCAGAGUACGCGAGCAACUGUCGAGAUCUCAGAAGCAGAAAGAAACGAAUCAUUGCCAUUGUCAAUGCCUGCCGCGACUUGA